AUGGCACGCUCCAACACCCCCACCACCACCGCCACCACGCCUACCGCACCUCCCACCCUGGACAAAGAAACGCUGCAUCACCACUCCACCGACUCGCACUUCUCGGCCCAAGAAGACCAGGAUCCGGAGCGCUUGGUAGCGCGCAGACGCUCCUUGCAUGGCAAAGUGCUGAUUGGCGGGCUCGUCGUCACGGUUGUGCUUGGGUUGGCGCUGGGACUUGGUCUUGGGUUGACGGUAGGGAGGUACGGGACCAGUUAG